GCGGGACGAGACAACCUACCAGUUGUUGAAGAGAGAGAGUUUUAACUUUUAAUAAUAGUGGUUACUUGCUUUGGUUGAGAGAGAGAGAAAGUGAAGUUUUGAAGUGUGAAGUGAGAGAGAGAGAGAGAGAGAGAGAGAGAGAGAGAUAGAGAGACGGAUACUGCUUCUAUGAAGAUGGGAUCUCAAACUCAGCAGCGUCUUCACCACUCUCUUUGAUUCUCUUCUUUCUUGAGUAUUGCUUUGAGUAACGCUUCAACAAACCGGUCCUGUUUCUUAAUAACGCCUCUUUUGGGCUGCUUUGAAAAAGUCUGAUGGGUUCGAGAUUCCCAUCUCAUCAGCUCAGCAAUGGCUUGUAUGUAUCAGGCCGGCCUGAACAGCCGAAAGAAAAGACUCCGACGAUGAGCUCAGUUGCCAUGCCCUAUACUGGUGGUGACAUCAAGAAGUCUGGAGAAUUAGGAAAAAUGUUCGAUAUCCCCAUGGAUGGCUCUAAAUCUAGAAAAUCCGGUCCCUUAAAUAAUGCUCCUUCCAGGACAGGAUCAUUUGCAGGUGCUGCUUCACACUCUGGACCUAUCAUGCAAAAUGCUGCAGCUCGCUCUGUUUAUAUCACAUCUGGUAAUGUAUCUGCUGGAGGCAUGUCUGCUUCAGCCUCAAUGAAAAAGACCAACUCUGGUCCAUUGAAUAAACAUGGGGAACCGGUCAAGAAGUCAUCUGGCCCUCAAUCUGGUGGAGUUACCCGCCAAAACUCUGGUCCAAUUCCCCCAGUUCUUCCUACGACCGGUCUUAUUACAUCUGGCCCAUUAAAUUCAUCUGGGGCUCCAAGGAAAGUGUCUGGUCCAUUAGAUUCUACUGGAUCACUGAAAUCAUAUAGUUCCUUUGUAGCCCACAAUCCUGCUGUAACCACUCUUAGCCUAGAUGACGAGUAUUCCUUCAGGAGGAACUUCCCAAAGCCAAUAUUGUGGUCUGUGAUUCUGAUUUUUAUAAUGGGGUUCAUUGCUGGCGGUUUUAUUCUUGGAGCAGUCCGCAAUGCCAUUCUCCUCAUUGUUGUCGUAGUACUUUUUGGUACGGUUGCUGCAUUAUUCACUUGGAAUAGUUGUUUUGGAAGGAAAGCCAUUGUUGGUUUCAUUUCUCGUUAUCCAGAUGCAGAGCUUAGAACUGCCAAGAAUGGGCAAUUUGUGAAGGUUUCUGGGGUGGUGACCUGUGGUAAUGUUCCAUUAGAGUCCUCCUUUCAAAAAGUUCCUAGAUGUGUAUAUACAUCCACCAGCUUAUAUGAAUAUCGAGGAUGGGAUUCAAAAGCAGCAAACCCAAAACAUCGCCGUUUUACAUGGGGGCUUAGAUCAGCUGAGAGGCAUGUGGUGGACUUUUACAUAUCUGAUUUCCAAUCUGGAUUGAGAGCAUUGGUUAAAACAGGCUAUGGUGCAAGGGUGACACCUUAUGUCGAUGAUUCCAUUGUUAUUGAUGUUAAUCCGGCCAACAAAGACAUGUCCCCCGAGUUUCUUCGAUGGUUGGCAGAGAGAAAACUUUCUAGCGAUGAUCGCAUAAUGCAAUUAAAAGAAGGGUACAUCAAAGAAGGUAGCACGGUUAGUGUAAUGGGAGUUGUUCAAAGAAAUGACAAUGUGCUUAUGAUUGUCCCUCCGCCUGAGCCUUUGACUACAGGAUGCCAAUGGGCCAAAUGUAUAUUUCCUGCUAGCCUUGAGGGUGUUGUUUUGAGAUGUGAAGAUACGUCAAAGAUUGAUGUCAUUCCAGUGUAGUCAUCCUCCUAGGUAUUCUUCUUUAAAGAAAUGUCCAAAAAUGAUGGUGGUGGUGGUUGUUGUUUGUAUUUUGUAAGCAUAUACGUGUUGUUGGUAAGUGUGAUGAUUCUGCCAUUGACAUGGUGAUUUCUUUUUCCCCCACACUCAACUCUAGUUUGUUGUAUAGCUAAUGAAAAUUCUUAUUCGUUUAUUUUUCCUAAGGAUUUUAUACCUUUCUAAUGGACGUGGUUUCAUAUAGUGAGAAGUUUUGUGUAUUCCAAACAA